AUGACCAACGUCGUCCUCAAUCACGCGAAGCUCGGUGCAAUAAGAUGUCUCCGGGAAACAAAUGGCUUGUUUGUAAAGAUUCUAGGUUUGCCGUAUGGAAAGAUUUCCCAACGAUUCUCACGGGCGGAGCUCUCAAGGAAACUUGGAGAUGGCGAAAGCAAAAGGUACCACGAUGGGGUGUUUGAUGCGACAAGACCAGGAGCAUCCAGUAUCCAGCCGUGGGGUAGCGUCAAGUCUGAUGCAUCCAAUAUUCCGCUGCCGACCGACAGUCUGCCAGAAGACGAAGAACAGUCUGAGGAUUGCUUGAACCUUUCCAUACAUUUACCGGAGGAGUGCGUCGAUGAACGUGGAAAGUUGCGUUCAGGCAUGAAGUUGCCAGUCCUUGUCUUCAUCCAUGGUGGCGCAUACUUUCUUGGUUCCGCGAAUCGACCAUACUACAACCCCGAGAAUCUUGUGCGCCAUGCUAUCCAGCGCGAAACACCCAUCGUGUUCGUGGGGAUCAACUAUCGACUCGGUGCGCUAGGCUUCUGGCAUUCAGAUCGCGCAGGAGAUCUGGUACCGGAAAACAAUGGUCUCCAUGACCAGAACAUGGCCUUCGAAUGGCUACGGGAGAAUAUCGAUGGUUUUGGCGGCGACGUCGACAAUGUCACCGUCGUUGGGCAAAGCGCAGGUGGCGAGAGUAUCUCGGUGCAGACAAUGCGUAAACCAUUGUUUAAGCGUGCAAUCAUGUUCUCCGGAACGCCAGUCACCAUGCCUGCAAUGACGCAUGACGAGCAUCAUGACAAUUUCCUCAAAUAUGCUGAGAAGUUGGAUGUUCGUAUCAGAGAAGAUGAUGGUAGUGAGAGGGACGCCAAAGCUAUCGCUAAAGAUGUGAUUGGGGUUGACGUAUCGAAAAUCCGCGAUCUGGCCUGGGUUGGAUCGCCGUGUACGAACAGCGAGUUCUUUCCCUUCGAACGACCGACGAUGGACUUGGCGAGGAAAGGUAGAGUCGCUCCUCCAGACUGGAGAGACUGGGCGAAGCCUGUUGAAGCUCAAAUUGUCGGAUCCACCACAUACGACGGCGGCAUCUCCUACAAUAUGAUGAGGAAUGAUGCCAGCCGCAAGAACCAUGCCGAGGCCUUUCGUCGCAUCACUGCGGAUGUUCUGUCCCCGGGACAUGGUGCGGAGCUGAUGGACAUAUACGGCAUCGAGGGUGUUGAUGACGAUGCUGAUGCGCUCCAACGUAUUUGCCUUUUCGAAAGCGACAUAGGCUUCUUUGCUGCCGCACUCAGCAUCGCGGAAAGCGACCUGAUCAAAGACACCUACUUCCAUGUCUUCGACCUUCCAAACCCUUUCCCAGGACCAAUCCACGAGCGAGGCGUUUUCGCAACGCAUACUUUCGACAUCGCAACACUACUUGGCGGCGUGCAUGAAUCUCGUUUGCCCUCACAUUAUCGGCCUGUAAUUGCUCAAUGGCGCAACUCCAUUCUCGAUUUCGUGGUCAGGGGAACGCCACCUUGUGCGAGAUUUGUUGGAGCUGAUGGGGAGAGGAGAGGCUUUAUGGUUGGUGAAGAGGGAGUCGGAGAGGUCGGCAGCGAGGCCUGGAUGGAGAAUGAUGAGGGGAGAAGGAAGAGGUUGUUCGACUUGGCCCAGCGAAUCAAUGCUGAUACUGGGUUGGAUGUUCUUUGGGUAGACAUCUGUAGGCGCUUCUUGAUGCGCGGAGAGUAA